CGCAACCAAAAAAUUAGAGGCGGAAGUCUCCCAGCGACCACAAACAACGCGCCAAAUUUGUGAAAACAUCAACACCGGGGUAGCGUUUGAAAACCUGCUUAGUGAUAAAGUUCCACAAGAAUGGCAGUGCCAUUUGUGCAGGAUUGGGACCUCGUACAGACUCUUGGCGAAGGAGCUUAUGGAGAAGUUCGGUUACUAGUGAACCGGCAGACCGAGGAGGCGGUGGCGGUGAAGGUGAUUGACACCUCUCAUGCAAAGGAGUGUGCUGACAAUGUUAGGAAAGAAAUCUGCAUCCACAAGAUUCUUAGUCAUUCCAACAUUGUGCGUUUCUUUGGUAAUCGGAAGGAAGGCCCAACUGUCUAUCUAUUCCUUGAGUAUUGUACUGGAGGGGAACUGUUCGACCGCAUAGAACCUGACGUUGGAAUGUCGGAAAUAGAUGCCCAUCGUUUUUUCCAGCAGCUGAUCGCAGCUGUGGAGUACCUUCACCAUAUUGGCAUCGCCCACAGAGACAUAAAACCAGAGAACAUUCUGUUGGAUGACAAGGAUAACAUCAAGCUGUCAGACUUCGGCCUGGCCACCAUGUUCCGUCACAAAGGGAAGGAGCGCCUGCUGAACAGGCUCUGUGGAACUCUGCCCUACCUGGCGCCGGAGCUCCUCGGCCAAUCAGAUUUCUAUGCUAUGCCGGCGGACGUGUGGGCCUGCGGGAUCGUACUGACGGCGAUGCUCGCUGGAGAGUUGCCGUGGGACCAGCCCAGAGAAAGCUGUCAGGAAUAUACUGAUUGGUUACAGAGGAAAACAUACCUGCCACCAUGGAAGAAGGUUCAACCAAGUCCUCUUGGUUUGUUGUCCAAGUUGUUGAUGGCCAGUCCAGGGGAGCGUGUCAGCAUCUCGGAUAUGAAGAAGGACCGUUGGUUCACUACAGGCGGGAACCCCCCCUCGGACUCUCAUGGCUCUUCCAAGAAGAUCCUUCGAACGGAUGCUGGAAGCAUCUCCCGGAACAAAAGCGAUGAGAGGAUGCGGUUCUCCAGCUCCCAGCCGGACCCCCCGGUUCUGGGAAGGUGUUUCUUGGAGGCGGUGCUCUCCAUGGGCCCCACAGACGGGCAGGUCAGCUUCUCCCAGCCCACCCGAACGGAACACAUGCUGCUGGGGAGUCAGCUGCUGGGCACACCCGGAGCCAGCCAGACGCCCUGGCAAAGGUUGGUGCGCAGAAUGACGCGCUUCUUCACAACGAAGAACGUCAACGACUCCUUCUCUGCCCUGAGGGACACCUGCGAGAGCCAAGGACUCGCAUUCAAACAAACCUGUACCAAUCAGGUGACUGUUAGCACGCAGGAUAAACGCAACAACAAGCUCAUCUUCAAGGUCCAUCUGUUCGAGAUGAAUAAGAAAGUGCUUCUGGAUUUCAGACUAUCCAAGGGCGACGGUCUGGAGUUCAAACGUCUCUUCCUGAAGAUCAAACAGGGGCUCAGUGACAUCAUCAGCCCUCAGAAGAUCCCUCUAGCGAUCACAUAACGGGUUCUUUAAGUUAAGCCAGCGCUUUUAUUUUUGUAUGUAUAUGUUAGUAUAUGUACGUGCCAGUUUGGCAGUGUUAAUAAUUGUUUUGUUUAAAUAUGUUUUUAUGGCUACCAUGAAUUUGAUCAGUUUCACUGAGGAAUUAGAAGUUUUUAAGGAUUUGUGAGUUCGUGAAGAGGUCAACGUUAAAAUAAAAUAAUUAAACCUUAA